UGCUUCUGCAACUCAUCUUCUUCCUCAAUCCCCAACUUAACCAAACCAUACAGCCAUGAAGGAUCUCAUACGUUGCUUCAUCUCCUGCUUCCUUCCUUGCGGCGCUCUCGAUGUAAUCCGCAUUGUCCACUCCAGCGGCCGCGUCGAAGAGAUCAGUGGCCGCUCCCUCGUCUUUGUCGCCGACAUAAUGGAAGCACAUCCCAAUCACGUUCUACGAAAGCUGCCAUCUCCGUCGAGUUCCGCCGACGUCUACGACAGCUCGUCGGCGCCAUGCCGGGCGGUGACUUUACCGCUCAACGCUGAACUGAAACGUGGGAAGAUAUACUUUCUGAUGCCAGUGUCAGGGGAGAAGACGGCGGCGAGGGUGGGGGGGCAGAAGAGGCGGAGAAGAGAAAGAUGCUUGCCGGAGAACCUUAAGGUGACGCAGAGAGUGAGGAGGAAGGGAAAGGAGGCGGUUUGGAGGCCGAGGCUUGAGAGUAUCUCGGAAUUCUGCGCUGAUCUGUAGAAGUCCUUUUUGCUUUUCGUUUUAUUGAUGUUAAUUAGUGUGAUUUUGUCCAGUUUAUGAUCCUGUAAGUACUGGGAGACAAAACGGUUUGGAAUUAUUAUAAGAAUUAUAACCAGAGAGGCAUAAUUUUAAAAAUUAGGAUUUUCUAAGGAAUUUUAGAACACAGGAUGAAGCGCUGAAAUCAAUGAAGA